AAGGAGGAGCAGUCUGACAGAGAGCGCUGGCAGCACCUGGCAGACCUGGCAGACUUUGCUCUGGCCAUGAAGGUCACACUCAUGAACAUCAACUACCAGUCAUUCAACAACUUCAUGCUACGCAUCGGUCUUAAUAAGGGCGGAGUCUUAGCAGGAGUGAUCGGUGCCAGAAAACCCCACUACGACAUCUGGGGCAACACUGUGAAUGUGGCCAGUCGCAUGGAGUCCACGGGGGUCAUGGGUAACAUCCAGGUGGUGGAGGACUGCUACAACAUCCUGAAGGAGUAUGGCUUCCGCUUUGUGAGGAGGGGGCCCAUCUUUGUAAAGGGGAAAGGGGAACUGCUCACAUACUUUCUGAAGGGAAGAGACAAACAAGGCUCAUUUAUCAACGGCUCCUCCGUCACUUUGCCACACCAGGUGGUGGACAGCUAAGGACCACACACACUUACACAUGCUACACAGCAAUCACAUCCAGUAUGUGAUGAAUGCAGAGAGGGGCAGAGGAGGGAGUUUUUGAAAUGACAAGUCAUUCAGUCGAUACCUGGACACUUCAUUCAAACCUGUGACAACACACCACUCAUUACUGCAGACACACACUUACACACACACACACACGUUCACUGUCUAUGGAAAGAUAUGUGCCAGUAAGGAUUGCAUUAGUUUGAAUAUGUUCAUAUGUUGUAACACAAAACAUGAAUGAUUUGAUUGAAUUAACUGAAAAUAUUAGAAAAAUCAGACCCAUAGAUACAUUAAAACAACGCAAAUAAAAACAAUGAGACCUUAUAAAGGCAAGGAUAGACUGGAUAGACUGGCAGCAGCAAGGGCAAUUCUGGCGCAAAAUGAACCUGGGGUUAAUAACACAUGUGUACGAGUUGUCCGCUCCUCUGGGAUAUGUUUUCCAUGCUAAUCGCACUGUGAC